AGUCAUAGGCUUUUUACAUGUGAACUGCAUGGGACUACACAGGCAAAGGCUAAAAGCCUGGAGAUAUUGUAAAGUAUGCAUCUUCAAGAUCACGCCUGGAUCCCCCAACCUUUUGGUUGGCUGGAGGGGGCAGGUGAGGAAGAGGCAACUCCACUGUGUGCGUGGAAAUCAGCAGAGCUACAGCAUUAGAAACAGACUAGCAUGUCUACUCGGUGAUGAAAUGUAGGGGAAUGCAACUCCAGUACUUUUUUCAGAGCAAGAACAACAGCUUCAUCUGGGGAGCACCAGUAAUUGAUGGGUCCUCCUUGAUCUGGCAAGUGAAUCCAGUGUUAAUGAAGUUUUCAGAAGAAAUCACAUGUGCCUCAACUUCAUUCUCUGCCCCAGUUAUAACAGCCUGACUGCACGUUACAUUCCCCAGGAUAAUCCAAACAUGAGGAUCCUGCAGUUAAUAAGUGUGCCUCUCGUAACUCCCUCUACACUGGUGUUAAAGGACACUGGAAGCUCAGCAAUAGACAUUCAGAAGUGUUACUUAGCCAAUUUACAUUGGAAGAUGAGUGCCAGAAUAUAUUGAAGCUUAUGCCACAGCCACAUAGACUUGUGUGUCUAUCCUGGAACAGUGGGACUGUGUUUUGUAGCCUAUAUCUUUUUUCUCUUAUUUUUUCUUAACAACGACAAGAACAACAAACCCUCUUUCCUUUCUGGGACAGUAAAAGUACAGAAACUGAAGCCGUCACCCGGAAUUUGAAACUGACUGUAUUCCAGCUGCUUAAAAUAAGAGAGCAUCGUAAGGACUUAAGCCCAUUACUUCCUCUUGCCUGUCCUGACUCACUUGCUUGGGCUUCUCCUUUAUGGGACAAAGAUUAUUUUGCUGAUGGAGUCUAUUAAAUGAAUAUUGCCUUAAGACAAUCAGUCACACCUAAACCAAAAAAAGGGGCAAGAGAGAACAACACACUUUCACCCCAGCAAAUGCAACCUUCCAGUGCAGGCAAACCCAAGCACUCUGUUUUCUACAUCUGAUUAAGGAAGAAAAUAAAACCCAAAUGAAACCUGAGUACAGCCCUCCUGGAAACAGCAGCAACUGCAGCACCGAUAACAGGAUGAAUCAAGUUCUUUUCCCCUUGCUAUACACUAUUAUCUUCUUCGUGGGUAUCAUUAUGAAUGGACUAGCUAUGGGGGUCUUUUUCCAAAUAUCCAGCAAAUCAAAUUUUAUCAUAUUUCUCAAGAACACAGUCAUUUCUGACAUCCUCAUGAUCCUAACAUUUCCAUUCAAAAUUCUCAGUGAUGCAAACCUGGUGUCCUGGGAAUUAAGGGGGUUUGUUUGCAAGGUGACUCAGGUCAUAUUUUACUUCACCAUGUAUAUCAGCAUUAUUUUCUUGGGCCUUAUAACUAUUGAUCGGUAUUUGAAAACUGCCAGACCCUUCAAGUCAUCAAGAACUAGCAAUGUAUCAGCAGCUAAGAUUCUAUCCAUAGUUAUCUGGAUAUUUAUGUUUUCUCUGUCCCUUCCAAAUAUGAUUCUGACGGAUAAGAAGCCAACACGUGAGAAUGUGAAGAAAUGUGCUAACCUGAAGUCUGAUUUUGGGUUACUGUGGCAUGAAAUUGUUAACUAUGUUUGCCAGUUUAUUUUCUGGGUUAACUUUGCCAUCAUAGUUGUAUGCUACACACUGAUUACACAAGAACUAUACAAAUCCUACAAAAGGACAAGACAUAUCAGACAGACAAACAAAAAGACUGUGAAUAUCAAAGUUUUCAUUAUAAUUGGCGUGUUCUUCAUUUGCUUUGUGCCUUUUCAUUUUGCCAGAAUUCUUUACACCUUGAGCCAAACAAGAGAUGUUUUUGAGUGUUCCACACAGAACACAUUGUAUUACAUAAAAGAGAGCACCUUAUGGUUGACUUCCCUAAAUGCAUGCUUAGAUCCAUUCAUAUAUUUUGCUCUCUGUAAAUCCUUUAGAAAGUCUCUCCUAAAUACAUUGCAUAAAUGUGUAACCAAAACAAGAAGGGAUAAAAAUACAGAAACUACUGAUGAUGAAACAACACCAGUAUAGACAAACAAGAAUUCCAUAUAAUAUAACCAAGUGUGUUUUGCACUCCUUUCAAUGCAUACAUUUGCUCUAAAAGUGAGUCUGUGUUUGUGCUUCUACUGAUAUCAUGAAUCACAUGUAGUCUAUGAUGCUAACAAAUAUCUGCUGAAUGAGAAUAUCAGCACAACACUGUCACCGCUGCAUCUUCUUUUUCAAUAUUACAGCUACAGGCAGUAAAGGACACUGGAAAAAGUGGAUGAGGUGAUGGAAGCAGGGCCGGGUUAUCCAUUAGGCUUAGUAGGCUGAAGCCUAGGGGCCCGGAGCUUUUGGGGGCCCGUGGGGCACUGGCCUGAGGACCCCUGGAGCUACAGGGGGCCCUCUGCUCUCCUUCCGCGAUCCGCAGAAGCAUCUGUGUACAGCCAUCCCCCCGCUUUACCUACCUUUCCAUUGUUUUUUGUGGCACGCAGAUUUGCCAUCAAUAAAGAUGGCGGCCGAGGUUUCCUUAAGGGGCUGAAGCCUCUGCUGCCAUCUUGGCUGAUGGCAUGCACGCAUGCUACACGCGUGCGUUACUGCCAUCAACAAAGAUGGCGGCAGAGGCUUCAGCUCCUUAGGGAAACCUCAGUCGCCAUCUUGAUUGAUGGCAAACCUGCACGCGCCGCAAAAAACAAUGGAAAGGUAGGUGAAGCGUAGGAAUAGGGGGGCCCAAACACCAAUCAGCCUAGGGGCCCUCCUCAGCUUAAUCCGCCCCUGGAUGGAAGUGUUCCUUAAACUAAAAGCACACAAAAUAAAUCUAUAUUCAUAAAAAACACAGACCAACUACAUACACUCCAAAAUCUGGUAAUGUUACACGUCUCAUGGGCUUCUUUGGAUCCAGUUCCCAUGUUUGCCUGGGAUUCAGCAGCCUGCAAUAAGUGGGAAGGGGGCACACAAGGACAGCGAGGCAAAAUUGUUGAUUGUACCCUAGGUCACUAAAAUGAUUUUUUUUUCUAUUUAAAACUGAUUCCCUUGAAGAGCCUCUUGGCUUAAUACACAUUGGAGUUUUUUAAUCAUAACAUUCUACUUCAUGGUUUAGAGGUCUUACUUGCGUAACCCACUCAAGUGGGCAUCAAAAUCUUUUGGAUACUAACUUUAAGACCAUGUUGGUGCAAUUCUUCAAUAUAUAAUUCUGUGUCCCUUAAAUUUUUGAAAACUAAGAAUUGUACUUUAAUUCUAGGAUUCAGCUACCACAAUGAUUAAACAACAAAGACUGAGCAGAAGUUGUUUCCUUUUUUCUGAAUUACAUCAGAACCAUUGUUCUCUGCUUGUUGCAUACUUGUAUAUUAUUGAAUAGCUUGUAAACCAAUUGAAAAAUGAAAUGGACUGCCUUCAAGUCGAUUCCGAUUUACGGCGACCCUUUGAAUAGGGUUUUCAUGGUAAACGGUAUUCAGAGGGGGUUUACCAUUGCCUUCCUCUGAGGCUGAGAGGCAGUGACUGGCCCAAGGUCACCCAGUGAGCUUCAUGGCUGUGUGGGGAUUUGAACCCUGGUCUGUCCCAGGUUGUAGUCCAACAGCUUAACCACUACACCACACUGGCUUGUAAAUGAACUAGCACUUGCUAAAGUGUCAAAAGUUCAUUUUAAAAAAAGAGUAAUUCCUGGACUUUAUCAGACAAAGGCAUUUAGGGAAUGAAAGUUACUCUGUCAGAAAUGCAGCUCGUUUCUAUUAUGAAGAAAUAAUACAUUUGGCAGCUUCAUGUAAGACUCGCACAAAAGCAAAUGUAAAGUAUGUGGAGGAAAUAAAUGCUGCCUAGCCAUG